AUGGCACAUCAUCUGUUGCUCAUCCUCAUCUCUGUACUGGUUAUUGGUACUCAUUCUGAAGCAAGAUCAGAAGUCAAGCACAAGAGUCCUGUUUGCCAGGUGAUUGGAGCCUUCAAAUCUUCCGUAUCACUUCCUGGAGUGGGUGGAGCAUCCCAGCUUGAUGAGCUGUCACAAGUCUACAAAGUAGAAUCACUACAGAUUCCAGAUCAUAAAUCAUCUGAGAAAUUAACACUUAUCUGCAAUACAUCUGAGAAGAAGGAUGCAUUGGUUUAUUGGAUGAAAGACCAGGAACAGAAAGGAACUGGCACACAUUUGGAAAUAACAGUCAAGAAUCCCAUGGAUGCAGGGAACUACACCUGUUGGAAUAAAACAUCAGAUGAGAUUCUGUGUUAUGCUACUGUGCUUAUUGUGAAGAAAGAUGCAACUGGGAAAAUCGCUGAUCAAAUGCUGAGUCCUUUUGAAGGAACAAAAGAGACCUACUUCAAAUGUGCAGCAAAUAGUUAUGCUGGGAACUUCAUAUGCUCAUGGAAGCCAGUUGGCCAGAAUUCAGAUCUGAAGUUUGGAAUCAGAAAUGAGUAUAAUGAUAAAACGUCAGGAAGCAUAAUUUGUGAGAAGCCUGUGAAGAGUCCUGUUGGACAGGAUCCAGAAACAUACACAGUUUUCUGCAGAAAACAAAAUUCUUGCUCAUCUGCUGAAGAAUACGAGCCAAUUAUGAUGUUUCUUGAUGUUUUCUAUGGAUUCACAUAUGAAGAAUAUAAUCAGACCUUCUUCAUCAAAGACAUCAUUAAACCUGACACUUCUGAGUGCUGGAUUACCAAUAGUGGCCUGAAUUGGACACUCCCUCACACCUGGAGCACACCAGAAUCUUAUUAUGGGCUCACAUACCAGAUCAAAACUGUUGGACAGCACAACAGAAGGAUUUGUGAGGUGGAUAACACUACGCUACUUAAAAAUGGAAACAUCCUAAGCUGCCACAUUCGACUGAAUUCAAAUGAAAUGUACAGUAUUCGCUCCAGGGAUCGAUACAGCGACAAUGAUUCUGCUUGGAGUGAGUGGUCUAAGCCUUGCAGGAAACAAUCUCCCAGGAAUGGCAAACCAUACAUUCAUAGCCAAGACAUCCCAGCAAAAAUAGUAAAAUGCAAGUGUCAGAAGAAUUGA